CUCCCGCUUCAGAAGUAGUACUAAUUCAAUAACACUGUACACUCCGUAUCACUAUUCGAUGUUUCCGAUCCGUCAAAAUUUCCCAAAUUCAAUCGAAACUCUGAUUUCGCGAUUGUAAGAACUGCUGCGAAAUCGGGUACCGCCUAUUUUUGGCAACAAUGGCGGAGGAGAAGGACGCCACGUCGGUGCCACUGAGUCAAAGCGUUGGCGAAGAUGAAGAGGGGCGAGAUCCUGAAGAUCCGCUUAAACCUACUUCUACCUCUCCCGAUUCUUCCACCCGUAGGGCUUGCUGUUUUGUUCUUCAAAGCUGGGUUUCAAAGAAGUUCAUGACCGGAUGUGUUGUUCUAUUCCCAGUUGCUGUUACAUUUUUUGUGACUUGGUGGUUCGUUCAAUUUGUUGAUGGUUUCUUCAGCCCUCUAUAUGAACAGCUGGGCAUUGAGAUAUUUGGACUUGGAUUUGUCACAUCAUUACUUUUCGUGUUCCUUGUUGGCGUAUUUGUUUCCUCAUGGCUGGGAGCUUCAGUAAUCUGGCUCGGAGAAUGGUUUAUAAAGAGAAUGCCAUUUGUUAGGCACAUUUACUCAGCUUCCAAACAGAUUAGCUCUGCUAUUUCUCCUGACCAAAAUACUACUGCAUUUAAGGAAGUGGCAAUCAUACGUCAUCCACGUGUGGGUGAAUAUGCAUUUGGCUUUAUCACUUCCUCAGUCGUCCUACAGAGAGAUGAUGGAGACGAAGAAUUAUGCAGUGUUUUUGUCCCUACAAACCACUUGUACAUCGGUGAUAUAUUCUUGGUUAGUUCCAACGAGAUUAUAAGGCCCAAUCUGUCUAUUCGGGAAGGGAUAGAAAUAAUUGUAUCUGGAGGAAUGACUAUGCCACAAAGGAUCAUGCCAAUCUCUUCGAUUGAAAGAGUUCCCCAACCAGGAGAAAGGAUUCCCCUCUCCAGACUUGUGUAGGCAACGGCCAACUGAUAUAGCAGUUUUGCUGCUAAAUCUCAGUGAUGUUUGCACGUCAUUUGGAGCUGAAACUGAACAUGCAACGGGGUAGUCGAACAAACAUCAUUCGUACAAAGUAGAGUGUAAGAAGUUCUAUCAUGUUUUGAUACUAGAAAUGUGUAACAGAUGUUAUGUAGAGUUUAUGCCACACUUGUGAAUUGUAAACCUUUGAAGAUGUUGUUGUGAAGCUUAUUGAUUGUGAUUGCACAAAGGCAUGUGAAGAAUACACUAUAUAGUCUGUAUACAUGCAAUUGUUGUAUUUGAUGCAGUUUAUCAAAAGGGUGGAGUAUUAUUCAGUAA